GUCAGGCCGUUUGUUGUCAUUGGCGGCUCCCAAGAUGGCGUCCAUCGUGGAAGGGCCGCUGAGCAAAUGGACUAACGUGAUGAAGGGCUGGCAGUACCGUUGGUUUGUGCUGGACUACAAUGCGGGGCUGUUGUCCUACUACACGUCCAAAGACAAAAUGAUGAGAGGCUCUCGCAGAGGAUGCGUUAGACUAAGAGGAGCUGUGAUUGGUAUAGACGAUGAGGACGACAGCACCUUCACAAUAACUGUUGAUCAGAAAACCUUCCAUUUCCAGGCUCGUGAUGCUGAUGAGCGAGAGAAGUGGAUCCAUGCCUUAGAAGAAACAAUUCUUCGACAUACUCUUCAGCUUCAAAUCAGUACUACACUUGCUUUUUUCCAGUCUUCUGGUAUCUCUCCAGUUCUUGAAUUUUCAAAAAUAAUUGUAAGUGAUUCAAUUGGUUUGGAUUCAGGAUUUGUUCCUAGUGUCCAAGACUUUGACAAGAAACUAACAGAGGCAGAUGCUUACCUACAAAUCUUGAUAGAACAACUAAAGCUUUUUGAUGACAAGCUUCAAAACUGUAAAGAUGAUGAACAGAGAAAGAAAAUUGAAACUCUCAAAGAAACAACAAAUAGCAUGGUAGAAUCUAUUAAACACUGCAUUGUGUUGCUGCAGAUUGCUAAAGACCAGAGUAAUGCGGAGAAGCACGCAGAUGGAAUUAUAAGUACUAUUAAUCCUGUAGAUGCAAUAUAUCAACCCAGUCCCUUGGAACCUGUAAUCAGCACAAUGCCUUCCCAGACUGUCUUACCUCCAGAACCAGCUCAGUUGUGUAAGUCAGAGCAGCGUCCGUCUUCCUUACCCGUUGGACCUGUAUUAGCUACCUUGGGACAUCAUCAGACUCCAACACCAAAUAGUACAGGCAGUGGGCAUUCACCACCUAGUAGCAGUCUAACUUCUCCAAGUCAUGUCAACUUGUCUCCAAAUACAGUCCCAGAGUUUUCUUACUCUAGCAGUGAAGAUGAAUUCUAUGAUGCUGAUGAAUUCCAUCAGAGUGGCUCAUCCCCAAAGCGCUUAAUAGAUUCUUCUGGUUCUGCCUCAGUCUUGACACACAGCAGUUCGGGAAAUAGCCUAAAACGCCCAGAUACCACAGAAUCACUGAAUUCUUCCAUGUCCAACGGUACAAGUGAUGCUGACCUUUUUGAUUCACAUGACGAUAGAGACGAUGACGGAGAGGCAGGGUCAGUGGAGGAGCACAAGAGUGUUAUCAUGCACCUCUUGUCACAGGUUAGGCUCGGAAUGGAUCUUACUAAGGUAGUUCUUCCAACAUUUAUUCUUGAAAGAAGAUCUCUUUUAGAAAUGUAUGCAGACUUUUUUGCACAUCCGGACCUGUUUGUGAGCAUUAGUGACCAGAAAGAUCCCAGGGAUCGAAUGGUUCAGGUUGUGAAAUGGUACCUCUCAGCCUUUCAUGCAGGAAGGAAAGGAUCGGUUGCCAAAAAGCCAUACAAUCCCAUUUUGGGUGAGAUCUUUCAGUGUCACUGGACGUUACCAAAUGACACUGAAGAGAACACAGAGCUAGUUUCAGAAGGACCAGUUCCCUGGGUUUCCAAAAACAGUGUAACAUUCGUGGCUGAGCAGGUUUCCCAUCAUCCACCCAUUUCAGCCUUUUAUGCUGAAUGCUUUAACAAGAAAAUCCAAUUCAAUGCUCAUAUCUGGACUAAAUCAAAAUUCCUUGGGAUGUCAAUUGGGGUGCACAACAUAGGGCAAGGCUGUGUCUCAUGUCUAGACUAUGAUGAGCAUUACAUUCUCACAUUCCCCAAUGGUUAUGGAAGGUCUAUCCUCACAGUGCCCUGGGUGGAACUAGGAGGAGAAUGCAAUAUUAAUUGUUCCAAAACUGGUUAUAGUGCAAAUAUCGUCUUCCACACUAAACCUUUCUAUGGAGGCAAGAAACACAGAAUUACUGCUGAGAUUUUUUCUCCAAAUGACAAGAAGUCUUUUUGCUCAAUUGAAGGGGAAUGGAAUGGUGUAAUGUAUGCAAAAUAUGCAACAGGGGAAAAUACGGUCUUUGUAGAUACCAAGAAAUUGCCUAUAAUCAAGAAGAAAGUGAGGAAGUUAGAAGAUCAGAAUGAAUAUGAGUCCCGCUGCCUUUGGAAGGAUGUCACUUUCAAUUUAAAAAUCAGAGACAUUGAUGCAGCAACUGAAGCAAAGCACAGACUUGAAGAAAGACAAAGAGCAGAAGCCCGAGAAAGAAAGGAGAAGGAAAUUCAGUGGGAGACAAGGUUAUUCCAUGAAGAUGGAGAAUGCUGGGUUUAUGAUGAACCAUUACUGAAACGUCUUGGUGCUGUGAAGCAUUAGGCUGGGAAACAAAAGUUUACACCCGAUGACCAGGGUAAGUCGUGUAAAUUAAGCAACAAUCUUCCUUUGGGAGAACCUAUCACUCCCUUCUUAUUGCGGUGGUUCCUAUCUCAGGGAUACUGGACUUUCUGACACAGAUGAACAAUUAAAGCUGGAAAAGCUUCCCUUUCUCUAUGGCAGUUAAGAUUUUGACUUCAGUCCUGAGAAAACAAGAUGUCUGCUCCUGUUCCAGACCCCAUGCUUUGAAAAGUUUCACACUCUGCACUCUUGUUCUGCUGUUAAGACAUGACAUACAGACUCUUAUUUCUUCGUUCAUGUAAUCUCUUGGGUUCUAUAUAUACAAAUAUAUACACACAAAAAUAUACCUGAUGGCAGAUUUUUCAUAAUCUUCCAUCUAUUGUAAAUAUUGGUUCCUCAGAGUUGUUUUAGAAUAUUAGUGCAAUGUAUUAAAAUCAAGUGUUAGGAAAUUUCAUGGUUUCACUUAUGAUAACUUUUAUUUUGGAAAUGAACUAUUAUUAAAUUGUAUCUAAACCUGGAUUACAGUUGAAUUAUAUUCAGUGCUUCUUAAGGCUUCAUAAAGUAAUUUUUCCAACCUUUUUAAAAAGUGUAUUUUUUUUUUUUAAAUCUUCAUGUUUAGACAUGGAAGUCAGUUAUUUGGCAACCUUGAAUAUAGUAGCUUUUCACAAGAAUUCUUAAAAUA